AUGAGCGGGAUCUUGAAGAGGAAGCUUGAGGAGGGCCCGUCCCCUUACCUCUCCCUGCAGGGGUCUGACGAUGAUGAGGUCUCCUGCAGCGACAGCGGCAACAGCAGCGACAGUCUCAACCACCCCGUCCCCUCUGGACUGCUGGACUCUUCUCUGCAGCAGCAGUCAAAGCGACUGCGGGGCCGCAACGUGCACUUUGAGACCGUGACGGUUUACUACUUCAACCGCCGGCAAGGCUUCACCAGCGUGCCCACGCAGGGAGGCAGCACCCUGGGGAUGUCGCCGCGCCACAGCGGGGUGAAGCGAUUCACCCUCAGGGAGUUCGCUAUGGAGCAGAAAAGGAGCCACCGCAACAUGCUGAGGGAUCAUCUCAAAGAGGAGAAACUCAACGCCAUCAAACUCAAACUGACUAAGAACGGCACCGUGUCAUCUGUGGAGGCGGACACCCUGACGCUCGAUGACAUCUCCGAGGACGACCUGGACGUGGACAACACAGAGGUGGACGACUACUUCUUCCUCCAGCCUCUGACGACCAGGAGGCGCCGCGCCCUCCUCCGCGCCUCGGGGGUGCGACGCAUCGACGUGGAGGAGAAGCACGAGCUGCGCGCCCUCCGCAUGUCCCGAGAGGAGUGCGGGUGCCGCUGCCGCGGGAUAUGCGACCCAGAGACCUGUGCUUGCAGCCUGGCCGGCAUUAAGUGCCAGGUAAAUGGAAGCGUGGUGGACCGCAUGUCGUUUCCCUGUGGCUGCACCAAAGAAGGCUGCAGCAACACCACGGGACGCCUGGAGUUUAACCCCGUCCGGGUGCGGACCCACUUCCUGCACACCAUCAUGAAGCUGGAGCUGGAGAAGAGCCGCGAGGAGCAGCAUCAGCAGCAGCAGCCGGAGCAGCAGCUUGUAACCAAUGGCAACGGUUACCAUGGAGACUCCUCCUUGGUCCAGCAGCAGCAGCCGAACCUGCAGUUUCCACUGAUGAGUGGCGCGCCGCACAUUCCCAUCAUGCACCUCCAGAACACAGGCGACACAGAUUCACAUCUGGAUGAAGAAGAGGAAGAGGAGGAGGAGGAAGAGGAGGAAGAGGAGGAGGAAGAGGAAGAAGAUGAGGAAGAGGAGGAGGACGAUGAAGCAUAUGAGGAAGAUGAGGACGGCAGCAGCAUUUGCAGCGGGCUGUCGGACUGCAGCACACACAGCUUAGAAACAAUCGACCCCGAGGAGGGAGAAGAGGACGAGGAGGACGAAGAGGACGAUGAGGAGGAGGAAGAAGAGGAAGAGGAGGAAGACUGGGACUGUUCGUUACACGGCACGAGUCCUCCACCUUACUCUGUUCCACUUCCGUCUGUGCUGAGUUACUCUAACACCACACUCAUGAGCCUCAGUAACCCCUUCCACAACACUCCCCCAAUGCAGCAUUAUCAGAUAGACAGCUCUGUAAAUGACACUCCUGCUUUUCUCAGUGAAAAUGUCACCGUCACUCCCAUGCUGCCCGCAGUAGAGACCGCUUUAGAGUCUGAAAUAAACACAGAACUCCACUGCCGAACAUUCCCCGACCCCACAGAGUCCCUGACGCUCCAAACUUGCUCACAUGUGGAAACCCGUGAGACUAACACAGCACCUACUGGUUCAGCCGAGGAACAGCAGCUCUCCGCGGACCUCCAGAACAAUCCAGACGACCGUGACUCACAGACUGAGGCUCCGGCUGGGUCUGUGGAGCAGACAGGGGAGGAAAUAAGAGAGCCAUUACAGGAGCAGCUGCAAAUGCAAGGAGCCUCGCCUGAUGAAAAGACAGACAUGUCUUGCUCAGAGCGCGUCUGA